UAAUUCCAAAAUCAUAGUAACUUCUUACAACGACAUAACGAAACAAACAAACAUGCUCUCUUCAAUAUCUCUUCCUUCUUCUCUCUACGCCGCCGGUAAUUUCUCCGGCACCACCGUAACACCACCGCCGUGUCGUGUCAGAUCAAAGCCAAUAAUCACAACAGCAAGCUCCACAUCCACCGCCGAACCUCGCUCUACAUGGACGACAGAACAACAAAGACCUUCGUAUUUAAAUAUGAGCUCCUUUUCUCACUCUUCUCCUGGAUCGCACUAUGACAUCCUCGGUAUAUCAGCAGCUGCCUCCAACCAAGAAAUCAAGGCAGCGUACCGGCGACUUGCAAGACUCUGCCACCCUGACGUGGCGUCGGUUGAUCGGAAAAACUCGUCGGCAGAUGAUUUCAUGAAAAUUCAGGUUGCUUACUCUACACUCUCAGAUCCUGAUAAACGUGCUAAUUAUGAUCGGAGUCUUUUCCUCCGGCGACAACGGCCGUUGUCGUCAUCGGCGAUAAUAUCUUCCGGUUACUCAGGUCGGAAAUGGGAGACUGAUCAAUGUUGGUAAUGAGUUGACUCACCCGAAUGAACUUAUGAGAAAGGUGCAAGUUAUUAAUGAAGCACCAUGCCUCAAGUGUAAUUUAUUAGUAAUUAGGUUUUUUUGCCGUAAUUAGUUAGUUAGUUUUUCGGUUUGUAAAGGAGUUUUUUCCACUAUAAUGGGUAAUUCAUUAGAAAAUGAUUGACCACUUUACUCUUAGUCCGUGGUUGCAUCAAAUUUUGAGAUAUAAACUACAAGAAACAAAAAAAAUUAAAGAAAGAUACUGUAAUUUUUAACCAGCUAGAACUAUACAGCAGUAACAUAAGUGAAAUCAGAAAAGUCCAUUGUUCUAGUUCGGUGAUUAAUUAAGAGGUGAACUUUAGCGUGUUUAAUUAA